AUGGGGUUUCUUCAAACUUUCCUGCCCGCGAAUGAUCGCUAUGCCGCAUUGUUACUCUACGGAAUGGUCUUCUCGACAUGUUUCAAUGGAUAUGAUGCAGGCAUUAUGACUGUCAUUUUGGCAGAUCCGCAGUUUACGAAAUAUUAUGCGGUUAAUGCGACGAGACAGGGGUUAUUGCUACGAUUCCUUGGGCGACAACGGGUAGAACAUAUAGGGUUUGCUCAAUUGUGUAUCGGAGGUCCAUUGGCAAGUUUAGUGGGGAGAUUAUGGGCUUUGAGAAUUUCUAUCACGGUUAUGAUUAUCGGAGUUAUAAUUCAAGUCGUCCCCAACACCUACGGAGUCCUCAUUCUCGGCCGUCUAGUAACCGGUCUCGGUUUCGGCUGCGUCUACAUAGCAACCAAUCUCUACGUCGCCGAAUGUGCACCGCGCAGUCUCCGCGGCUCCUUCGUCGGCACCGUCUUUCAAUUCGGUUACCAACUCGGCACCUUCAUUGCCUUCUGGUCCGGCUACGGCAUGUCAUUCCACACCUCCCCCUUCAGCAUCGCCUGGCGCGUCUCCAACGUCAUCCAAAUCCCCAUCAAGCACUCUCUAUCCACACUUGCAAGACUGCGUUCCGGCACCGUCACAGAUGAUCAUGUGCGUCUUGAAUUCCACGAAUUGAUGUCCUUACACGAGUACCACAAAAUUUUCAAAACAGGAUACAUAGGACUCCUCUCCUCGGUCGGAAUGCGCAAACGUCUCGCGUACGGUGUGUACGGCAUGGCUCUGCAGCAAUUCGGUGGUAUAGCUGCGCUUAACAUGUUGGGACCAGGGACAUCAAGCGCUCGCGAUAAUGGGAUACAAGCUGCGUUGCAAUUGGUCAUCGUACUUGUGAAUACAUUUACCGUGGAUAGAUUUGGGAGGAAAAGUGUGUUGAUUGCGGGAUUUGCGAUUCAGAGUAUGGCGCUUUUGAUCCUGAGUAGUUUGACAACUGCGUAUCCGGAUAAUUCGAAUAGGAGGGCGGCGAUAGCGGAGGUGGCGAUGUUGUUUAUUGUGGGGUUGACUUACUGUUGGUCCAACAGUCCCGUAACCCCAGCCAUCGCAUCCGAGACUUUUCCCCAAGAAGUUCGUGAUGAGGAAUUUGGUCUUCCGCUUCUGGGACAAACUGUAUGUUUGUUAGCUCUCACCCAACCAUGGCCAAGAUUCAACGACGAAGUUGGCGGGAAAAGUUAUUGGUUACUGUUCAGUUUGAAUGUUGUUGCUCUGAUCUCCGUAAUCCUCAUUCUUCCCGAAACAAAAGGCAUGUCACUAGAGCGUAUGGAUGCCAUUUUCGGCGAAGUAGACGCCGUAGCAGCCGGCGCAACCGAGACCAGCGCGGAGAAAAUCGAGGCAAGAACUUAUGCUAGUGGUAUUGCUGUUAGUGGGGAUGAAAAGGCAGAGAAUAGAGAACAUGUUGAGCGUGCUGAGUCGCAUUAAUUGAUCUAAGCUUUUGAGUCUGAGACAGAACACACUGGUGUCGGAGAUUGGGAAAUCGCGUUGUCAUUUUGAAAUAUGGAGAGGGCGUUUGAAAAUUUUACUCUCUCCUGGGUUACAGGUUUGCAUGGAAUAUAUGCAAAUAUGACAUUAAUGAAUGAAAUGACAUAUUUC